AUGGGGAUGGGUGGGGAUGCUGCUUGUGCCGUUUUCGGCAGUGACAGGAGGUUUGGGCGAGAGGGAGCGGAGCUGCGGGCACCAAGUUUGAUUUGCAGCUGGGACCGAGCGGAUUGGUGCGGCCGGAUGCCAACAUCCCUGCCAGCAGUGACUGUCUCAGCAAAACACUGUGAUUUGAAAGAUGGAUUUCUGCGGGGCCCCAAAUCUCAGUCACACAACCCUCAUCCCUCUCUGGUGAUCCUGGCUGGUGCAGAAAGAAGAGCGUGGGGACAUUCACAGUCUCCAGAGCAGCAGCAGCAGCAGCAGGAGGAGGCAGGAGCCGCCCCAAGCGACACCGCACCGGCCGGCGAGGGGGAGACGCCGCUUGGGGAUUUAUUCUUCGGGCCCCGGCUCCCGCCCUCUGGAAAGGCGGCCCUGAGGUGGCAACUGCGGGCUCGGCGGGGGGGAACUGCUCCUUGGGGCUGCCUGCUGUUUUCUGUGGAGAUCAUGAAACGACGAAGGCUUCCUAGCAGCAGUGAGGAUUCUGAUGACAAUGGCAGAGAUACUAGUUCCUUGCAACUAUGUUUGAAUGUCAAGGGUCUCCCCUUACAGGUUUCACCUUCAUUUAAUCUUAUCUUUAGUAGAAUUACUGAUUGCGCUCACUAUGUUAAUUUCCAUAUUAUUACUCUGUCAGUGGUAUCUCUGAUGGACUGUACUGAUACUGGUGUUAAAAGGGAGGGUGGAAAGUCUGCCCCUUUUCUGCCCUUCUUCUUUGCUGCCAACCUAUGCGUGGACAUCUUGGAGAGAGGCUCUUUGCCUUCAGCUUCAAUGUCUGCAAAUGAUCAUUUCUCUAUCCUAGGUCUGUCCACCUGGUCCCAGCAUUCCAGAUCGCGGCAUCGGAGGACUUCGUGUUCCAGACAUGAAGAUCGGAAACCUUCUGAGGUGUUCAGAACGGACCUGAUCACUGCCAUGAAGUUACAUGACUCCUUCCAGCUGAACCCUGAUGAAUACUAUGUGCUGGCAGACCCCUGGAGGCAGGAGUGGGAAAAGGGAGUUCAGGUGCCAGUUAGCCCAGGGACCAUCCCAGAACCAGUAGCCAGGGUUGUGUCUGAGCCCAAAGCUGUCACCUUUACACGUCCCAGGAAGUACAUUGUUUCUUCAGGCUCGGAGCCCCCGGAGCUGGGCUAUGUCGACAUUCGAACCUUAGCAGACAGCGUGUGUCGCUAUGACCUCAAUGAGGUGGACGUAGCAUGGUUGCAACUUGCCAAUGAAGAAUUCAGGGAAAUGGGGAUGUCUGAGCUGGAUGAGUACACCAUGGAAAGGGUCAUAGAGGAGUUUGAAAAACGAUGCUAUGAUAACAUGAAUCAUGCUAUUGAGACGGAAGAAGGACUUGGGAUUGAAUAUGAUGAAGAUGUUGUCUGCGAUGUCUGUCAGUCUCCAGAUGGAGAAGAUGGCAAUGAAAUGGUGUUUUGUGACAAAUGCAAUAUUUGUGUGCACCAGGCAUGUUACGGGAUCCUGAAGGUGCCAGAGGGCAGCUGGCUGUGCAGGACCUGCGCGCUUGGGGUUCAGCCCAAGUGUUUGCUGUGUCCCAAGAAGGGUGGUGCCAUGAAGCCAACCCGGAGUGGCACCAAGUGGGUCCACGUUAGCUGUGCUCUGUGGAUUCCAGAGGUGAGCAUUGGAAGUCCAGAAAAAAUGGAGCCCAUUACAAAGGUUUCUCACAUUCCCAGCAGUAGAUGGGCACUGGUGUGCAGCCUUUGUAAUGAAAAAGUUGGCGCUUCUAUACAGUGUUCAGUGAAGAACUGCAGAACAGCCUUUCAUGUCACCUGUGCGUUUGACCGUGGCUUGGAGAUGAAGACUAUACUGGCAGAGAAUGAUGAGGUGAAAUUUAAGUCAUACUGUCCUAAGCACAGCUCCACCAAGAAAGCGGAUGAUGAGACUUUUAGUGAAAGCCCCAGCCAGGAGAAUGGGAAUGGGAUUCAGGACAGCUCUCUUCCUACCCACGUUGACCCUUUCCAUAGCAUGGAUCAAAAGCAGGAGGAGGCCCACAGAGUCAGCCACCGCAAGCAAAAGCUCCAGCAGCUGGAGGAUGAGUUCUAUACAUUUGUUGAGUCUUCAGAAGUGGCUAAAGCACUUCGGCUGCCCGAGGAGCUGGUGGGAUUCCUUUACCAGUACUGGAAGCUGAAGAGAAAAGCCAACUUCAAUAAGCCUUUGAUUACCCCAAAGAAGGAUGAAGAGGACAAUCUGGCUAAACAGGAGCAGGAUGUUCUGUUCAGAAGACUGCAGCUCUUCACGCACCUCCGGCAGGAUCUCGAGCGGGUGCGUAAUCUCACUUACAUGGUGACCCGGAGGGAAAAAAUCAAGAGAUCUGUUUGCAAAGUUCAAGAACAGAUAUUUAAUAUCUACGCAAAGCAGUUGGAACAAGAAAGAGUUUCAGGUGUGCCUUCCUCAUUCUCCUCAAUGGAAAAUGUGGUGUUGUUCAAUAGUCCAUCUUUGGGCCCCAACGCCCCUAAGAUAGAGGAUCUGAAAUGGCACUCAGCAUUCUUCAGGAAGCAAAUGGGCACAUCUCUAUCCCACUCCUUGAAAAAGCCACAUAAGAGAGACAGAGUAAGAAACGGCUCUGGGAAUGACAGCAAACCCAUGUUGAGGCAGCCCAGCCAAAGGGAAGGUGGUGCAGCUCCAGGUAACUUCUUAAACUUCGACAAGACCUUUGCAGAAACAAGGAUUGUAUCAGCACAGCAGAAAAAUGGCAUAGUUAUACCAGACCACAGAAAAAGAAGAGAUGAUCGUCCACAGUGUGAGGUGAUCAAGGGAGAACUAAAGGAAAAGAUGUCUAAACACAACCCCAAACCACUGAGACCCACAGAACUCUCUCAGAGGCAAUCAGAAAAUAGAAGGUCUGUGAACCACUCCAGUGGUAGGUCAGUGCCUGGCACGCGGAGGGAUAUAGUGCCUAAAUGCAACGGGAGUCUUGUCAAAGUAAACUCUAAUCAGACAGUAGUUAAAGUGCCUACGACACCCACGAGCCCAGUGAAAAACUGGGGCGGAUUCCGAAUUCCAAAGAAGGGGGAGAGGCAACAGCAGGGCGAGAGCCUGGAGGAGACCUGCCGCCAGAACUCCAGCUACUCCUACCUGGGCAUGGGCAGAGUUUCACCCAAGGAUAGGGCAAAAAGCAAGCUAAAGCCUGACAGUGAGAAUGAUGGGUACAUCCCUGAUGCUGAAAUGAGUGACUCGGAGACUGAAGUGGCUGAAAAAAAGUGCAGGCAGCAGAGGCUUAGUCCAAACAGCACUAUCAGCAGAAGGACGGACAUUAUUAGGAGGAGCAUCUUGGCAUCCUGA